AUGGUUAAAGAGGAAUGGAGAGGAUUGGGGGAUAUACAGUUCACAGAUAAACUAAAGGCAUUGACGACUCCGUUGGGAAGAUGGCAUAAGGCAAACUUUGGUGGGAUGGACAACAAAAUUACUAAGUUUGAGGAAGAAAUCAAGAGAAUUGAUGACAUGGUAAGCAAUAGCGGGUAUGAUGAAACGUUGGAGGCUAGAAGAAAGGUGCUGGUCUCUUGUUGUGAGAGAUGGUAUGUAAGGAAGGAAGUCCAUUGGAAACAGAUAUCUCGGUCUCGGCAUGCGAAGGAGAUGGACAAAAAUACAAGAUACUUUCACAAUAUAGCAUCAGCAAGGAGACGGAAUAAUAGGAUUGAUAUACUGGUAAUAAACGGCAGACAGGUCAAGAAUCAAGCGAGAAUCAAGAUAGCGAUCAGAGAGUUCUACAAGGAUUUAUAUCAUCAAGAAGCUUCUCCUAUGAUGGGAUUUAGAGAUGGCUUGGUGGGUAAGAUAGAUGAGGGAGAUGCUUUGUCUCUAGAGGAAUUGCCGUCCGCUGAGGAGAUCAGAGAGGCUAUCUGGGACUGUGAGUCAUCUAAAGCGCCAGGCUGUGAUGGAUACAACAUGAAUUUCAUUAAGAGGUGUUAG